UCUAAGGAAGGGGAGAGAAGAGGAGACGGUCAGACCAUGCUGUCUUGUUCUAACUUCUUACACUUUACUGUUAUUGUUUCUUUGUUUGAACUUCUCAAAAGUUUUAGCUAAAAUAUCAUUUAGUUAUGAACCAUCCUCAAAGAUUCUUUAAUUUCAAGUUCCCCAACGUUAACGAAAUAACGUUGAUGCUAAGAUAAUGUGUAAUAGUGUCCUUAUAAGAUUGAUGUGAUUGUCAAUUUGUCCUGUCCACGUCGACUAGGACUUAGGAGAGUGAUCUAUGUGAGUUAAACUACCGUUGAAAUUGUAAUAGUUGGAUACAAUAGUGAUGGGGAAGAAUAAGCUUAUUAGUAAAUGGAAGAAGGAAAAAACGAGAUAUUGACCCCCCCAAAGUAGACAAAAGGUUUGGCGGAUCAAGACACCCACUAUACUUGGGAUAGAUACGUAUAUAAAUACAUAAAUGAGUGAGAAAACAUAUUUGAAAUAGAUAGACAAGAGAGAAGGUAAAAGAACAAGAGAGGAACAAGAGCAUGUUGUGAUAGUGAAGGACCUUCCCCCCACCUGCAUUCAAUGCUUGUCUUACUCUCUCUCUAGCACAGAAUAUAGUAUCUGAACAAGAAGGAGGUCAUGUCUUGCUCUGUGAAGCGUGGGCUCAAGAUGGUGUUUUGUUUCAUUCUUCUGCUUUUGUCAUCCAACUUUGGUUGUGCCACUGCUCGGCGUCUAAGGUUUCACAAGCAUCAUCACAAGUUUGCUUCUUUGGUACAAGACGCCAGGAGGGUGCUAGGUGGAGAGGAGACAGGGGAAGAUGUAGUAGUCAUGGAUUAUCCUCAGCCUCAUCGCAAGCCUCCCAUCCACAACGAGAAGGCUUGAUUAUAUAUAUCAAACAUCAUAUACUGUCAUAUGUUAGUGACAAAAAAAAAAAAAAAUACUGUCAUAUGCAUUCACCAUUUUGGUGGUUGUAAUGACUCUUGUGCUAAUUUAUAUUAUAUUUCAUGACCAAAGUAUGUUGUUAUU